AUGUCCGAGGGCCGCAGUUUUACUGCCCGUCCAUUGUCAAAGCAACAGGCACGGAAGGAUUUUAAAGAUGCCUUUCGUGUCUAUCUGUCUUCCUCUUCGCUAGCUGCUUUAAGGCUUCAGACAGAGAGCAUCUGCACUCUGAGGCAAGCCGAUGGACCGCCGAGAACGGCCAUCGCAUGGUACGCGGCUGAGAAUAUCCAGAGUACAGUGAUGCAAAUUUCAAAGACCCUCCAGGAUUGCUAUGAUAUCAAGAUUGGAGAAAAAGUCUCCAUCACCAGGGCUGAGGGCUCACUAGAGGACAUUGAUUUGGUGACGUUGGCGGACUGUUCAGAUCCCGAGAAAAUUGCUAGGCAUGGUCCGAUCUCGGAAAAUGACAGAUCCCAUUGGGAAUGGGCCCUGGAUGAAAAACUUCUCAGAUGCGGAUGUUUGACGACGGGAUUGACUUUCGACCUGGAGCUCAAGGGCCAACACAGGAGCUUUCGAGUGGUCAACAUACGUUCCCAGAACUCUCACUCUAGUCAUACCCUUUUCCAGUUUACAGAGGCUUCGAGGAUUUCCCUUGGCCCAGUCACGCCAGAAAUGGAAGAACAGUCAUCAUGCAUCGAGGUGCAAUCUACUGGUCUCGGAGGUCUCUCCCGUCAGAUUGAGGACAUCAAUGAAAGCUUGUCCGAUUUCAACAUCGAUCUGCGGAAGCCGGCGAUGCCAUCAUUUUACGAGACUAGCCGAGGUAUUCUACUUUACGGUCCAAAGGGGACUGGUAAGACAAGUCUUCUGGAGCAAAUCAACAAGGCUGGCUGGAGACAAACAUUCAAAAUUGGCAUGUCAACUUUGGGUAGAAGUGUCGGUGAAGGUGAAGUCAAACUACGUAACAUAUUUGAGGAGGCGGCUCGCGUCAAACCCAGUGUGAUUAUUAUCGACCAGUUGGAAUUUAUUGCUCCAAAAAGAACUUCGAUCGAGUCACAGUCCCUCGCAUCUGUACUCUGUGAGAACCUAGAUGCUAUCCGAAACACAUCGAUUCUCGUGGUGGCCGCAACAAGACAUCCCAAUCAAGUUGAUGACGCACUCAGAACACCUCAUCGACUUGGAACGGAAAUUGAGAUACAAGUCCCUACUGCUCAGGACCGAGCCGAAAUACUAUAUGCCAUUCGUGGGCCGGUGUGUGCUGGUUUGACCGAUGAGCUUGUAGAGCUACUAGCGGAAAAGACACACGGAUAUGUUGGGGCUGACCUUUUCGCUCUCCUGCAAUUGAUCUGCCGCAAAGCUAGGCAACGACAAACCUUGGAGCAAAGAUCCACAGUGACGCCAGAAACUCACAUGACCGACCCUUAUAGUUCGCACCAUGGAGGUUCCAGCGAUGAUGACUUAGCCAUCUCAUUGGAGAUCCAGGAAACGGAUCUUUUGCUUUCCCUGCAAGAAAUCCGUCCCACUGCUAUGCGGGAGGUGUUCUUGGAAACCCCAAAAGUGAGAUGGUCAGACAUUGGCGGACAGCACGAUAUCAAAAAGCGCCUUCAACAAGCCGUUGAGCGACCCUUGAAGUAUCCCCAACGCAUGCGCAGACUCAAUGUGAAUAGUAAAAAGGGCGUCCUACUCUAUGGGCCGCCAGGUUGUUCCAAGACGCUGACAGUCAAAGCUCUAGCCACAGAGGCAGGGCUGAACUUUCUGGCAGUCAAGGGCGCAGAAAUUCUCAGCAUGUAUGUUGGAGAGUCUGAGCGGUCAUUGCGAGAGAUAUUCAGGAAGGCCCGAGCAGCACGGCCUAGUAUCAUCUUCUUUGACGAGAUUGAUGCUAUUGCUGCCCGACGCAGCACUGCUUCGGGCGGAGUCAAUGUUUUGACAACCUUGUUGAACGAAAUGGAUGGCAUUGAGGAGCUCCGAAAUGUGUUGGUCAUUGCUGCGACUAACAAGCCUGAUGUCCUAGACCCUGCAUUGAUGCGCCCCGGGCGACUGGACAACAUCCUUUAUAUUGGCCCUCCAGAUUUCGAGGCGCGUAGAGAAAUUUUGCGCAUUUGGGCCAACAAAUCUGUGGUAAAUCCAGAUGUCGAUUUGGAUAAUCUUGCAUCUCUGACUGAAGGUUAUUCUGGUGCUGAGAUUGUGAGCAUCUGUGAAACUGCCGGAGAUGCAGCGCUUGACGAGGAAGAGGAAACACAACAAGAGCAAGAUGUGCAAUGGAAACACUUUGAACAUGCACUAGGACAAGUGCGGCGGCAGAUUACAGAUACUGUCAUCCAAGAGUAUGAGAGAUGGAGAGAUGGCUAG